AUGAGCAAUGACACCAUCAUCAGACGAUGGUCAGCAGUGGUCAGGCACAUCCUACACCUCGCAAGGACGUGCUGGCGGACUUUACGGGUGGCGGUGAGACUGGGCAUCGUGGAGUACGAGAUCUACAACCAGGUGGUUCUCGAGGGCGAUGGUGGCCUGGUCAACGCCAGAAAGAGGGAGGCCAAAAACAAGCUCUACAAGGAAAUGGAGACAAGGCAGCAGACAUGCCACCACCCGGCGUUCCACAGGUACGGCAACCGCCACGGGUCCUACGCAAACAGGGCGGCCAAUGCCUACAGCGACACGACCGAGGCCUACGGCAUCGGACUACCUGGGGGAGCCCCACAUGUUCCGAGCUCCUCGUCGGUCACGAGCGCCAUCUAUGACAUCCUCGGCGGCAGGCCAUGGACUGAACGACCCGGAGGAGAUGCCGGACUUCGACGACCAGAUGAGCCACAGCGCGUUCCAGUAUCUGGACGACUUCCAACCGGUCGACUCAAGAGACUUGGAGGAAGUGCGAUGAAGUCGGUGAACAUCCUCGAGAAGGAGGUCAUGAUUCUGAACAGCCUGCCGACCGCAGCGGACCGGAAGUUCGGCUUCGACCUUUGCGAAGCCUUUGCGGGUACUGCGAAGGCUACGCAGACAGCACAGCGAUAUGGACUCCAUGCACUACAACCCUUUGAGCGAGACCUCGGGACUGACUUGAACACGUCCGAGGGCAAGAAGCUCUUCGAGCACGCGGUCUACAAUCUCGGACCGUUGCUGGUCUUGGCAGGGUGCAGAUGCACCCACUGGAGCGUCAUGAACGAGAACUGCAACUACGCCCACAGGAUGGAAGAACUCAUGAUGCUCCGGGACGCGGAAAGCCCUUUGCUGAGAUGGUUUUGUAAGACAUUGGCCAAGCACGUGACCAUGGGUGGCCUCAUCCUGCUGGAGAACCCGAAGCGCAGCAGGUUUUGGGAAGAGAAGGCCGUGAAGGAGCUCAUCAGCAUGGAGAAUAUGAUCCUCGUCGACUGCGACGCGGGGGCGUUCGGCGGGAAGGAUCUUGAUGGCUAUGACAUCAUCAAGACCUACCGAUUCCUCACCAACAGCCAGGACAUCGCCGACCGGGAAUGCCGACCCCUCGAGGGCAAGAACGUCACCUUUUCGCAGGUCUACCCGGACAAGUUAGUCGACGCAAUUAUGAAGGGGCUCCAGGCCGAGGCACGGAGGAGAGCACCUACUCGCUUCGACACCCACGAGGUGAUGGUCGCAGAACCGGUGGAGGACUUCACGGCAUGGGGUCAGAUCCUGGAGGAGGUGAGGAAGAUCUUUAUGAAAAGUACGACCAAGGCUAUGAACUUGGAGCAGGGCACGGAGCUCUUCAAGAAGAUCUCGCGCCUCAUACCCUGGGAGCUUACAAGGGUGCAGGUCGCGGUGACUCCUAUGGCGAGACGGCUGCCGAGAGACAUCAACUACUCUCAUCGCGGGGCGGUCCUCCUCCUCUCGGAUGGCAAAAUGAUGAUAGAGGUGGAGGACGUGCGACAAGUGCAGUUUCCUAAGGCCCGCUUUGAGAACCCCAUCUCGGCCGCAAUCUUCUUCUACGGGUUCACCGAGGAAGAUGCUCCUCCUCAAGGACAACCAGCGCCAGAAGAUCCUCUUCUACCGGUGGUGGGACUUAGGACGGACAUCACCUUCCCCGGGAUCCCUUUGAACGUCAGCAAGGAGGUGAGGGCGUCAGUGGCCAGGCUUCAUGUCAACGCUGGGCACCCGAGCAAGCAGGAACUCAAACGGUUGCUUGCUGCCCAUGGAGCGCUGAACCUGCCGGUGGUCACGGCCUUGGAACACAUCAAAUGCGGGAGCUGUGAGAGAACGGCAAAGCACCUGCAACCACGACCAGCAGCUCUUCCAACCUUCCAGGGGCAGUUUGCUGAGCGACUUCAAGCAGAUUUGGUUUACAUCCGCGACCUUUCGGGCACCAAUCACGCGCAGCAGCAGAUGGGCGCACUGCCGCAACCAGAGGGCAGCAUUCCCACAGCCAUGACAGACGACGGGCACUCAAGCAUCCCACUUGCCGGAGACAUGCAAGUGACGACACCUGACGGCAUGCGCAUGACCAAGCACAACCGGCCAUGGACCACGCUCAUCACCACUUGGCAUGAGACUACCUUCCACCUGAACGAUGGGACGGUAACCCUGAGCACAAGAGCUUUGGCCGCGACCGUGGAAAAGGACAUCGAGACGUCCGACAGCUCCGACGACGGCAACCAGGAACCUACGGUGGCCAAGAUGACACGGAAAGAGCGGAAGGCCUUGGACAGGGAGAUACCCUGGAGAACCAUGAUGAGAGGAGACGCCACCAACGUGAAGGCCAACCGCAAAGAGUACGAGUCAUGGCGGAGCUGGGGCACCAUCACGCCCCUGGAUGACAAGGAGGCGGACGAGGUGCUGAAGUGUCCAACGCUGAGGCGCCGGGUGAUCCCCUCGCGCAACGCCGAAAUGCCGGACUUGGCUGCCUGGGCCCCGACCUCUCCCAGCUCGACCGAUCAUCUCCGACUCCCACCAAAGUUUGCGGAGCUGACGGUGAUCCAGGUGGCGGCUUCUGGACUUUGUCGACAGGUGGAGUUGACGGGCAUGGAGUGGGGCCUAUGGGGAGGAGAUGUGGCUACGGCCUUUCUGCAGGGCGAACCUGAUGCACGGGAGCUUCCGCUGUUUUUGAGACCGCCCCGUGAUGAGCUGCAGAGGAGGGCAAAGUCAUUUCCUCACCGGCUGUACUCCAUCGAAGGAAAUCUUUAUGGAUUUGCUUCGGCACCAAAGACAUGGAUCAAGCAUGUGGUGCGAACCCUCACUGUGGCGCAGUUCUUGACGCACCGGUUGGAUCACAUGUGCUUCUACAAGCGGUGCUCACGUGGCUAUCUACAAGUCAUACUGAUAGUGCACGUGGACGACUUUUUGGUCGCUUUCCGCAAGGACUACAACAUGGACGAGCUCCUGGGCAUGUUCACUUGGGGCAACAAGGCCUACUUGGAGAAGGGCAAACCUCUCACCUUUAGAGGAAAGCAGAUCUCCUUGGACACCGUCAACGGCAAGGACGUCAUUAAGGUGACCCAGACGGAGUUCAUCCAGGAGAUGGAAUGCGGCAGCAUCAAGAGAGUUCAAGAGCGUGUCAGUGGCUUGGAGGACAAUCCCGACCAGACCUUUGCAGCCAAGCCGACCAACCUUCGGGACGUUCUGGAGGGCAUCAAGGUGGCCAAGGAGACCAUGACGGAUGGCUUCACCUUCCAAGGCAUCCCGCUGAACCGAGCUACGACGCUCGUGGGCUUCGGGGAUUCCAGCUGGGCCAACGCGGAGGGACACAAGUCCCAAAUGGGAGUGGUGGUGGUCAUCACCAUCCCGGACUGCUUGGAACGGACCACGAUGGCUUCCGUUCUGGAUUGGCAAAGCGCGCGGUCACCGCGAGUCACGCGGUCGACGCUCGCAUCGGAGGCGAACAGCAUGGACCAGUGCGUGGACAGGAUGGUCUACGCUAAUUACUUCCUGAGCGAGGUGCUGUUCGAUGGCCAGCAACCUGGAGCUCACCUGAGGCAGUUUCAAGCGACAGAUUGCAAGCUUGAUGUGGGCUGA